AAUGAUAGACUGUGACCAUGUGGUAUCUAUCGGCUUUAUAUACCGGGAACUACCCCUUUCCCAGACAUGUUCUCUCGUAGUUUUUGUUGUUUCUGUUCUUUUCACGUCAGUGGUCUCUCCAGAGUCUCUCUCUCCUCCCAACUUCCGAGUAUUCCAACAACCGGAUGAGGCCAGCACCGUGAAACGCCUACCUCUACUACCAUACAACCUACUACAUCAUACCCUUCAAUAACCGCCCAACAUGUCCUCCACCAACAAACCCACAACCACAAACACCACAACCCCAGAAGGCGUCCCCGGCCUCCUCCUAGGCCACUCAACCCCCCACCCCUUCUCCCUCAUCCCCCUCUCAUCUCGCUCCUCCGUCCAACGUCUCCUCACAACCCUCCUCGACCCCCUCCUCCCUUUCUUCUCCCCCCUCAAAUCGCGCAUCCGAAUCCCCGGCGCCACCGCCGUCCGAUUCGACCAAACCGCUUCAGAAAUCGAAGGUCUUGCCCGCCCCCUUUGGGGUUUGGCGUGUCUGUUAGCCGGAGGCGGGGAGUAUGAAUACAAAGAUUGGUGGAUCGAGGGGAUACGGAAUGGAGUACAGGAAGAAGAAGGGGGAGAAGAGUUUUGGGGAUGGCCGAGGGAUAAUGAUCAGAGGAUGGUGGAGAUGUGUCCGUUGGGAUUUGCGCUUGCGGUGGUGCCGGGGUUGUGGGAGGGGCUUGGGGAGAGGGGGCAGAGGGGGGUGGAGAGGUGGUUGGGGGAGAGGGUUAAUGAGAAAAACAUGCCCAACACUAACUGGCUGUGGUUCCGCGUCUUUGCCAACCUUGGAUUAAAGAAGAACGGAGGAAAGUUCUCUCAGGAGAGACUGGAUGCUGAUAUUGAGCAUCUCAAUACGUUUUACCGUGGUGAUGGCUGGUCGAAUGAUGGACCGGAGGGUAUUCAUCAAAUGGAUUACUACUCUUCGAGCUUCGCUAUUCACUUCCUUCAGCUACUUUAUGCCAAACUGGCCGGCGAAGAUGAACCCGAACGGGCUGCCGAGUUCAAGAAGAGGGCACAGAUCGCCGCAUUGGACCUGGUACACUACUAUGACAAGGAGGGCCGCGCCAUCCCCUUCGGCCGCAGUGUCGGCUACCGCUUCGCCAUGGUCUCCUUCUGGGGCGCCCUCGCCUACGCCGACGUCGAGCUCCCCGCCCCUCUAACCUGGGGCAUGGUCAAGGGCAUCGUCCUCCGCCAUCUCCGCUGGUGGCAAACACAAGACAACAUAUUCAGCCCCGCCGGCACUUUAACCAUCGGCUACUCCUACCCCAACAUGUACAUGGCCGAGAACUACAACAGUCCCGGCUCGCCCUACUGGGCCUGUCUAGCCUUCAUCUGUCUCGCCGUGCCCGAAACACACCCCUUCUGGACCUCCUCGGAAGAAGACCCCUGGCCGCUCAUCCCCGCCAUCAAACCCCUCCCGCAACCGGGGCACAUCAUGAGCAACCUCGGCGGCCACUGCAUGCUUCUCUCCUCGGGCCAGGCCUGCUCCUACCCGAUGAAGGGCACACACGCCAAGUACGGCGCCUUCGCUUACUCCUCCGCCUUCGGCUACUCCGUUCCCCCCGGCUGCUUCACGCUCGAGCAAUACGCCCUGGCCUCGCAGCUGGGGUUCUCCGACGACGGAGGCGAGUACUGGAAGACCCGCCGGCUCUCCACGUCUCGCCUAGUCACGAAAGAAAACAACCCCGUGCUCGUCUCCGACUGGACACCCUACCCAGACGUCUUCGUAACCACCUACCUCCUCCCUCCCACCGAAGCCGCACCGAACUGGCACCUGCGCGCGCACCACAUCCGCGCUGAGGGGGGGCGCGAAGUCAUGACAGCCGACGGGUCCUUCGCCAUCCUCAACGAGCGCACACCCGACGGUCGGUACCUAGACCUUUACGAUCCGGAGAAAUGCGAGGGUACCUUCCCAAAACUGAUUGGUAACUAUGACCUCAACACACCCGAAGCGUGGGCUCCCGCUAAACAGGGAGCAUUCGCGGUGUCAAGGGCGGGAGCGGUGGGGAUUAGAGCGUUGGAGAUUGAGAAGGAGGGCAGAGAGGCCAUGUUGGUGAAUGCGGAUCCGAACUCGAAUUUGGUGGAGAGCAGGACGACGAUUCCGACGUUGCAGCAUAGGAUUAAGAAGGGGGAGAGGUGGUGGUAUGUGACGGGGAUUUAUGCGAAGCCGGCGGGCGAGGGGGUGGCUAAAGAAAGUUAUUUGGAUGGGUGGGAGAGGGGGCCCGAAGUGCCGGGGUGGUUGAGGGAGGUUAUUGAGAAGGGGGAGUGAGUGAGGAAGGGGUUUAUGAUGAGAAAAGAAAAGAAAGAACGGGGGGUGGGUGGCCUUUGAAAAUGAGUUUUUAUAUUAUGGGGGUAUCCAUCCCAAUCGUGUUUGAAAUUGGGUGUUUAUCAUACUUUUUUGUUG